AUGGGUACAGUGUUUAGUCUGUUCAAGAGGUCUGCUUCAGCCGCUAUGGGUGCCCCAAAAUACGUAUAUAAGAUCGUACCUCACUCUUCUGUGGACCCUCGGUUCACAUUUCCCGUCCCAAUCCCCACUUCCCACCAAUUCAUCCUCCCCCUCGACCUGCAAGACCGAUUCAUCCACCUCUCUUCCGCUGCUCAAAUCCCAAAGACUCUCGGGCUAUUCUUCAAGGAGGCAGAGUCGGUGGUGCUGCUGAGGGUGGAGACGGAGAGGAUCGGGGCGUGGAAGAAGCUUGAGUGGGUCAUGGAGGAUCAGGAGAAGAGGACAGGAGACAUGCCUUACCUCUGUGCGCAUGCUUGGCCGGUACCUCUGGAAGGGGAAUACGUGGAGAGCUUCAAGGAGGUGCAUCGGAAGGGCGGGGAUUGGGAUGCUGCGCUGGCACAAGGAGAGUUGAAGAGUUGGCUGGUGUAG